AUGACGUCCAGAAAUGAUUUAGAUUUGGAACAAAAGGUCAAAUUAAUAAAAGAUAAAGAAAAUGGCAUGUCUGUUCGAGAAUUAAAAGACAAAUUUUAUGUUUCUAUUGGAAGUGUAUCUAAUAUUCUUAAACGAAAAAACGAAUAUUUGGAUGAUGAUGAAUGUAACAAGAAUAAAAAGAUGAAACGAAAAACAAACAAUGAUCUCAAUCGACAGAUUAGUGACGGAGUGUAUGAAUGGUUCGUCCUUCAAAGAUCAAAAAGAAUUCCAAUAUCCGGUCCAAUUUUGCAGGCAUAUGCUCAAAAGAUUGCUGGUGAAUUAUGUGAUACAGGUGCAUUUCGAGCCAGCAGUGGUUGGCUUGAUCGAUUCAAAUCUCGGUACAAUGUUCAGUUCCGGAUGAUAUGUGGUGAAGCAGCAGCUGUAAAUCAUGAUGUAAUUGAAGAUUGGACAUCACGUUUGCCGAUAAUUCUUGAAGGUUAUAAUGAAUGUGAUGUUUACAAUUGCGAUGAAACUGGAUUAUUUUUUAAAUUAAUACCUGAUCGUUCAUUUGUUAUUGGAACAGAUGAUUGCAAGGGUGGUAAACGUUCAAAAGAAAGGUAUACUGUGCUUUUGUGUACUAAUUGGACGGGCACUCACAAGCUAAAACCGGUAGUAAUAGGUAAAUCUGCUCGUCCAAGAUGCUUCAAACGUCUUGAUGUUAAAAAAUUACCGGUUACAUGGUUUUAUAAUAGAACUGCCUGGAUGAACAGUGUUAUUUUUUCUAAAUGGUUGUAUGGUUUUGACAUCAUGAUGCAAAAACAAAAUCGUAAGAUUUUGUUAUUUUUGGAUAAUGCGCCUGUGCAUCCUCCUGACAUUCAAUUAAACAAUAUCACUCUUAAAUUCUUUCCAGCAAAUACAACUGCCAAAAGUCAACCAUUAGAUCAAGGAUCAAUUAGGGCUUUUAAAGCCCAUUAUAGAAAACAAUUGGUACAGCAUAUAAUAGCAAAUGCCAGUUCAGCUUAUUCAGUUGAAGAUAUUAAGAUUAAUGCAUUAGAUGCAAUCUGGUGGAUAGAUGGUGCUUGGAAAUCUGUAACUGAAGCAACAAUUCAAAAUACUUUUAAAUCAGCUGGUUUUAAAACUUCUAUUCCUACUUCAAAUGCAACAUCAACAACAACACCUGAAAAUGAAAAUAUUAUACUCGUAGAUUCAAGUCUUACUGAACUUGGUAAAGCACUUCAACAUAUAACCAUUGGUGGUGAUGUAAUGUCAGCAAAUGACUUCGUGAGCAUUGAUGACGACGUACCAACGUUCAAUAUAUGGGAUGACAAUGUCGAGAAAAUAUUAACAUCUGAUGGAUUUUCAAGUGAAGAUGUAGUUCCAGAAGAUGAUGCAGUAGUUGAAGAACCACCAUCAUUAUUAGAAGCAAUAAAAAUGAUUCGUGGUCUUCAUUUAUUGUCAACAGUUGAAUAUCCUGAAUUACAUUCCUACAUUGUUCAACUUCAAUCGAAGCUCAUGGAUAUAUAUCUCGACGGGAAUAAUUCAAAACAAACAACUCUUUAUGAAUAUUUUCAACGUGUUUAA